AGAGAAGUAGCUCUACUACAUACAGCCUAAACUAUGAUAAGGUUACCAUUUUAAAUGGUUUGCGCUAGAUCCUAUAGAAGAGACUGAUCAACAUCAAUAGAAGCCAUAAAAAUAAACUUAAAUAGUCCACAAAAAAUCAGAACCAUGGAAAGGAGCUAUGCAAUUUCUAGGUUUGGACUUGAAUCAAAGGACAUCCUCAAAUCAAAGCAGAAAGGCUGCUCCUACUACUGCAAGUAUUUCUUUCUUUUCACCUCUUGUAUUGAGUUUCUUAUUCUGAUAGGGUUAGUUCUCUUCAUGAUCUAUGGAAAUGCACACGUUACCACAGAAAAGCGACUCAACAGUGUGCAGGAACUCAACCAGAAAUAUAUGAUGGAGAACAAGCAGCUCAUGAGUAAGCUCAGCAGUAUGAGGAUGGAGAGGGAUGACUGCUAUGGGAGGUUACAAAUAAAGAAGUUGAGUUUUGAAGACAUUAGCAACAUUUUACAGUCACAGAUAUUGCAAAUUCAAGAGUUGAACAAGACAUAUACAACUACUUUGAAGCUUUAUCAUACCUGCAGUUUGGAAUUUGCAAAGCUCAGCAAAUCCUGCACUGAUGAAAAGAAAUUGUUGCAGCAGAAUAAUAAGUUCCUGGACACCGAGUAUAAAAACUAUAAGGAAAACUGCACCACAAACAUGGAUCUUAUAAAAUCUCGAGAGCGCCAGGCAAGUUCUGAUAGAGACAAAUACCAAGUAGAUAAAAUAGCCCUACAGGAAGAGGCUAAUGUUCUGAAAGCUCAGGUGGAUUUGUUUAAGAGUACAUGCACCUCAAUAGAUGAAAAGUUUAAGGCCGAGCUACAGCAGCAAAAAGAAAAUUUUGAGACGCGUUUCAAGCAAUUCACCAAUUGUGGAAGCUGUAAGUAUUUGAAUAUAGAAACAGAGAAGCGAAUUGAUGAAAGACUGAUGAAUCUGAAGCAGCAUGUCAGCGCCACCAUCCUGGAGAACAAUUUACUAAACAUCAGCAAGAGCAGGACUGAAAAGGAACUGGCACAGUGUGCUCAAGACAAAGAUAACAUGCAGAACAAGUGGAACUCUGAGAUAAAGGCAGCCUACAAUGAGAAGGAAUUGCUUAGAGCUGAGAUCGAUGAGAUGGACAGAAGACUGAAGAAAAGUAUACAGACUCUGAAUAGGACCACAAGUGAUCUGGAGAGCAAAAAAGUAGAGCUCCUGCACUGCAUGAUGUCUUCGGUAAGCCAAAAGCAAGGAUUGAACACCUGGAUAAUACAGACGCGCCUGAAAUCAAACUAGAGUGUUUAAUUCAGAAGCACCAACGGAGAAGAGAGGAUGAGGGUUAUAUUUCCAAACAUUCAUAAAAACCACUACGCUGAAAAUGACUCAAUAUUUUUACUUAUCAAUAGUCAUGUCUGACAAAACCAAGUCUUACUCAAUUACUUAACAUGAAAAGAAAACCUAACUUGGGUAGAGAAUGAGAAAGCUAAAGUCCAACAAUGUCAUAGAGCAUUAUGUCUAUUGAUACUUAAUAAUGUUACAGCAUAUUAUUAGUUAGUGAACAAAUUAUUAGCUAAAUUUAGUUCUUAUUUUAGAUUAUUCAUAGUUGAUUAAAAUCUUAAUUUUUUUUUAUAUAAAAGUGCAAAUAUACUUUUUUAAUUUAAAAAAAUUGUAAUACUAAUUAGAAUAAUUCCUGUAAUGAUUUAAAUAAAUAUAGGGGAGCAGAGCCCCUUAUGGGUUUAAAGGAAAACGUUUGAUAUAUACACAGUAUGGACAAAACCCUCAGGAAAUAGAGAAGAUACAAGUCUCACUGGAUAGAAGGAGAAGCAUCUUGAUUACCUU